AUAAGAAACAAUUAUUCCACAACCAUAUAUGUGAUAUAUAUAGUGAGAUAUAUAGUGUAAAGUGACAAAUAAUUUCUAAAUCAUAGGUAAAAUGGAGAUGGGAAGGAAGAUGAUGGCGGUGGUGGUGGUGGUUUUGGUUAUGGUACUAUUGGAAGGGUCCAAAGCAUUGGAGUUGUGUAACAUGAAUGAGGAUGGUCUGAUGGCAUGCAAGCCCGCCGUGACUGCGCCGAACCCGGUCACGCCGACGCCGGAGUGUUGCCAAGCUCUGUCAGGGGCUGACUUGACAUGUUUGUGUUCUUAUAGGAAUUCAUUCAUUUUGCCUUCUCUUGGGAUUGAUCCUGAUCUUGCCAUGGCACUCCCUGCCAAGUGCAACCUCACUACUCCUACCAAUUGCUAAGAUAUUUUCAUAAUGCAUGCACUUCAAUUUUAAAUUACAACAUGCACAAGUAGAUCUAGUGGUAGUCAGUUGGUCUCUCGAUCUCAAUUUUAAUAAAAAUAAUUAUUUUGCGCACAGCCCCCACACUGUGUGUUUUGUGUGCGUAGGGAUUAUUUAUAUAUAUCUUUUGGACGUUGAAUCUUGUUAAGUUUGUAUUGUUUCAGGUAUGUAGAUUACUGUACGCAGCCUUUCAAUUGCAUCGCAAAAGGUUUCAAUUUCUGGUGUUGGAUCAAAGUAGAAGACUCAAUAAAAUAUCAAUGUAGUUUGUAUUUCUAUGAAUUUUGUGGUCAAUGAAUCUUGAAAGUACCAAUGGAAAUGACUACUUAAAUGUGAGUACAGUUGAGAAGGAAAAAAUUAAAAAUAAAAAAUUUGUGAGCA